ACUGUCAAACCGACGUUUUUUCCCUCUCACAUAUCAGGAGCCCCAAGAAUGACUGCUACAACCCUGGACAUCACAUUCUGUCAAAGGCAGGAAGAACACAAGGGAGGAGUGCCCGCAAGUUCUCUUUUCCUGCCUGUUUUCUUUAUAAGAAGGCAAAAUUCCAGAACUGCUCCAGCAUAUUUCCAUCUGUUUCCUGGUGUCAGCGGCUCCUCCCCGCUGGCUGUGGUAAAAGCGGGGCCCGGCCCCUGUGUGCCGUCUGCGGAGCCUCAGCCAUGUGGCCGGCCCUCCUCCUCCUGCUGCGGCUGAGCCCUGUGUCCUCCGACCAGGACAAAGGCAAUUGUUCCCACCCUGAGCCCCUCUGCUGCGUGGGAUUCGAUAACAACUGCUGGAGGGAAACCUGCUUCUGUGACAACUACUGCCUCGAGGUUUCGGACUGCUGCCUGGACUACAGCGCCGUCUGUGGCCCUGCUCCUCUCACCUCCAAGAUGGUGCUGCACGUGGUACUGAGGACACGGAGCCUUCCUGGCCCAGGCAGGAGCGAUCCAGACUGGGUGCAGAGCACGGUCCAGAGGCUUCUCCAAAGCAUCCUGCCUGUGAGGCCGCGCUCCAUCUCCGUGAAGGGCGUCAGGAAGAGAGCCUGAGUCCUCCGGGAGCACGGGUCACCUGUGCCCACGACAGCCCGUGGGGCCCACCAUGCCUUUAGCGUCAUCUGGUGGCUUCUCAGCUCCCCUAACCACGGGACAACUGGGACCUGCAGCCGCAUGAAGAUACUGAGAUGUGAAGGGAUAGAGCAUACAAAUCAUGGAACAUUCCUUUGGC